AUGGCGGCCACGUUUUUCCUCCUUUUGGGAUUGUAUCUCUCAGUAUCUCCAUGCUUCGCGAUCGAUUCACAUGCAUCUUGCUUUAGCAAAUCCACGAACGUGAGACCUAUCCCAAGCACGCACCUCUACAACAAGAAGAAAGAGAAACCCUUGGUGAUCGGACAUCAUGGCAAUCCGUCUAAGUAUCAAGAAAACACAAUCGAUGGUUUCAAGAGCUUGAAGGAAUUGAAGGCAGACGGAAUGGAGUUUGAUACUUUUCUUACAAAGGAUAAGCAAUUGGUUGUUAUCCACUAUGACAACACAGAGGUUAGUACCGGGCAAAGCCGGUCUUAAAGACCUGGGACAGGGGAGAAGUGGGCAUUCCUGGUCAGUUCAGAUUUAUAGAUGAUCUGAAAUAGUUUAAACUAUUAUCGGUUUAAUACAUGAAAAUACAAGUAUCUCAUGGCCAAGUCCUGAGUGUGACGUUUCCCGUUUUAUAGCCUUGAUUUCGUAGUCAAGACAUUUGCUCACCACAUUUUCUGUCUUCAUUCUCAUUUUUUUUUACUUAAUUCAAAUUAACUUCACGGGUAACCGCGACCGCGACAUUGAUGCAUACAGUUGCUGCACCGUUGGUGACGGGAUUGAUAACCUCCUGUCUAGCGAAUGUAGAGGGUACCCAAUAGGGUUCUUCAAUCGGCCGUCCGGUACCCGGAUCCAAAGUUUCCCCAAAUUUCGUAGUCCCGAUAGUUAUUUUUGGCAUCCUGCAUCCCUCGCAUACUUUUUACCCCGGAUUUAAUGUAUGUCGCCCCUAUUUUGCUGUAAAAGAACUCUGAUUGACAACCCUCAAAGUAGAUAUUUUGUGCCAUUAAAUCUGAGAUAAGCGCUCGCCUUGUAGACCUAAGCUUCUUGGCCCUUGGUGUGUAUCUCCUCUCCUCCAGGCGUACAGGCGUAAUUGUACAGAGACAGGAUUGUGUUUUACUUAGUGACUACACACAGAUUACUGCAUGGUCGCCUAAUCUGUCGUGGAUAGGGGCGCGGCUUUAUAUAUUACUGGAGAGGAAUACCUAUAAAAAUCAUACAAGCAAAAGAGAAUCAGAGGAGCCUAAUUUAGAACGGUUGUUGUACUUCUAUCAUUACCAGGUUAUUAGCGGGGUCUGUAGUAAUUUCCGCGGCAUUCCCUGAUUUAUAUAGAGCCAAUUUUGUUAUGGCAAGAUAAAUUUUUUCUGUCGACAUUUAAAAACAGCUCAGUUUCCUUACCGGAUCUCGAGUAAAUAAGUGAAGAGAUUUCCCGUGCGUGGCAUUGUAAAAGUACCAAAUCCAGUGUCUCGUUCAUAACUUUAAAUUUUUUUCCCUGAAUCUCGCUCUCCUUUCCCAAAAUCCGAAGCUCGAUCACUGACUAGGCCGAGUAGAGAAUUCCGAAAAUCCGAUUUGGUACCUUGAUCCUUAUACGGGAAAAGGUGACUUAACCGCAGUCUACUUUUUAUCCCGCUCUUUCUUUCAGACACUGACGGGUGAGAAUCACACUAUAUGGGACGUUACUUAUAAUGACCUCCAGCAACUUGACAUCAAAUCAACUUUACGAUAUGGUAAGUAAUAGUGGUAUAUGCGCUCAAAAAAGGAAGGGCAACCAGGGGAUCGAAGAGACUCAACAAAGCAUAGGCGGCGGAAGCGGGGGUGCUAGGGGGGCUUCAGCCCCCCAGUUUGGUAGAAUGAUAAAUAACUUUCUUUUAUUUUACCACGGUUAGGUCAACUCAUUAAAACUUAACUUGGAAAGUUCAAGUAAACGUUGACUCGUCUGUUUAAGGUCUCGGUAAAGGAAAACGAGGUGCCCACAGAAAAAAAUUCUAGUCGCGCGAGUAUUUUCGCUACAAAGGCAAGUUAUAUAUCAAAUUAAAGCUAAAAGACUAAAUUACCUUCUAAAAAAUUUUAUUUUAUCGAAUUUCAAAAGGUGCUUAAGUUUUUUGUUCUCGAACUCAGAGGUAUCGAGUUUACUGCUGAAGCUCCAGCCCUUUCGCGUUGUUAAAUAUUCACUUCCUUUUUUUUGCAUCUGAUUGACAGAUAAAAGACCUAAAAAAGGGUGUGAGGAAAUUUGCAUAUGUCUCGUAUUAGCGGAAUUAUUGCAUUUCAAACUAAAAAGUCGAAUCUCGAGCGCGAUUUACGCAAAGAAACUGGCAUAAAAUGAGUUACAAAGGGAAAUCGGAAAAUUCCUCACACCCUUUUUGAGUCUAUAUCAUUAUCCAUCAUAUUUGAAAGUUUCAAAGCGAUAGCUUAAAACCUGUCCCGACUGGAGGUCGGAGAAUUUUGAUUUUUGCGUCUAAAAUAGAGUGAGAGAAAAUCAGCUCUAAAGAUUUAGCGCGAGGUCCACGCUUACCUGGUUAGCUCAGAAGAGGCUCAUUUUAGAAGGGUUAAAAAGCACUUUCUGAUUUUCUUUUUCUGCCAAAAUAAAAUUUAGGACCCACUCAUGCCAAAAAUCCCAAAAAAACAAAAUCGAGCAAUGUACUAAAAUUUUCAUUUACCGAGACCUUAAAACAAGAAACAACGUAGGAAGCUGGUUUGAUUGGGACAUUUCAUUUUUUAUCCGCACUCCCUUGCCGCACUCCCCCCACCCCCCUAUGGAAGGCUGUCCUAUGUAGUUUUUGUCGUCGGCACCAAUAUUGAAGAUUGCAUCCGAGGGGCGCAAAAUGUUGCCGGCGUCUUAAAAAAGGACAGAGGAUGCCUUUUAUUGCUUAUUGAGGGGGGAGGAGGGGGGCGGUAAAUUUGAAUGUCCAAUUUUAUUUUCAGCCCUCCUCCCCCACCCCCACCCCCCACCUUUUAUUUCGCUCUGCCGUCGCCGCUGCAAAGGUUUGUACAGAAAGACUCCGCCCGGGGGUUAAACCCCCUAUUAUUUUUACGUACUCCCUUGUGGACAGAAAAGGUACUCCUUUGCCAUAAAUUUUAUUGAAAAAAAAAUGGUACCCGAUGUGUUGAAUUUCAACAUUAAAUGGCCCAUGUUAUAAAUAAAUCACUAAAACAGGAACUCUUCCAGUUAUUUUCAUGUAGCGUGAUACAGCCAUUGUGACAUGCCACAGAUUUACUCACCCUUUCAUACACCUCAACAAGGGAAAUCUCCGCCCUUUAUUUACACCCGAGGACUGAAAAAAGUACUCCGGUUUCGGCUGAAGCCUCCCCCGUAUUGGCCAUUAUAGGGAGUAACUCCUUCGGAGUGAAGGUGUGGUUCAUAGUAGGUGUUGCUUUACAAGCAUGCAUUAGACUUCAUGAUAUCAUGGUAGUUUUCAGAGUGAACGCACUCUGAUAGAGAAACUUGAAUUUUAUUAUAGGAAAUAAAGAUUACGACUUUGAUAAAACAAGAAAAAUACCAUUGCUGUCUGAGGUAUUUGAUGCAGUGAAAGACGAAGAACUGGUGAUGUAUUUAAACGUAAGUUAGUUUUCUUUUACUCAUCAGCGCAUGAUUUCUUGCUUGAAAAUGCAUACCGAGUACUAAAUAUUUCAGUUAACGAGGGGUAGCAAAGGGAUUAUUAAUUCCAUUUUGCAAUCAACUGCAAUAGAUCUUAUGCAUUACAGUUUGAUCAGGGGCGGGUCAUGUAACGAACCUGUUAACACUAUGAUUUUCCUACACUAUAAAUUUCAGCCCCAAAGUACCAAUUUACUCUCCUGAAGCCAUUUAACAUGUCUGAACACAAUUUGAGCCAAAAAAGCCCCCAUCAAAAGCAUAUUCUAGCUCACGCUAAGACUCAUUUCAACCUUAGGUCAUUGAACUGUAUUGGCCGUGAUUAUGGGACAGCCAGGGAGCCCAAUUAGACCCAAAUAAUAGGACUGCUUACUCAUGCACCGAAACUACCCUAUCUUAGGGCUAAAACAGAUCCGGCCGUUAUUAUUAUAGGGCCUAACAGUCCUAGAAAAUCGUAUCUAGUUUUCUUCUCAUCCCUUUUGUAGUCAAAAUUUACGCCCAUACGCUGCACGUCGUGAAAUUCGUCAUCUUUGUAAGUAGAGACUCAGCUCCUGAACUUUUUCAAUUUGAGCUUAUUUUCGUUCACAGCUGAAGCCAGGAUAUUUGCGAGAUCGCACAGAGAGUGAAAAGAUUGGUCAGGCUGUGGCGAAACUCAUUGCUGAAAAAGGUUUAUUGGACAAAGUUCUCCUUGCAUCUUUUGAUCCAUUCAAGAUUCUAGCUGCCAAGAAAGAGAAUCCAUCCCUUACUGUGGGGAUAUUUUACAAGAAAGGAAUGUGGGACCAAAGAGAUGCUGAUGACUUGAAGAGGGAGUAUGGAGAUUUGCCUGGAAUGCGACAGUGCGUGGAAAGUGCACCCAACGGUACAGAAUUCAUGGAUUUUCUCUUUGAAACUGGCAAUUUGUUGAGGUCCACCAACUCCAGUUUUGUUGUUAUGGAUUAUAAUAUUUACAACAACCCGAAAUAUUCGAACAACACCUUCCAGACGUUUAAAGAAAACUACAGUCCUUCGCUCAGUUUUGGCGCUUUUAUAAUCGACAACUUGGCGCUUACAGACGAACAGAGGACUAAGGACGACAAAAUUCUCGAUAUGCUGAUUCAAAACAGUGCAUCGGCAUUGGUUACCGACGACAUCCCUCGCCUGAGAAAAAAACUCGGGCGCACAUCGAAGGGGGCUCCAACUGGACAACCUUCCACAAACAAGAUAGCCUUGGUCCUUUUCGGUACGGCUCUCUUCGUUUGCUUUAUCAGCUUUUGAAGUUUUCAAAAUUAAACAUGUGGCAACUGCCUCUCUCCCGAAUUGCCACCCCGAAACAAGUACGACAUUUAAUUAAAAUGUAAUGUUAAAUCAUUUAGUUUUGUUAGCGAAUGAAUUCGAGAUUUAGAGUCGUCGAUCACCUAUAAUAACGUGUUACCCUCAUAAUUUGUAAAGUUUCAUUUAUUGAUUGAUUGAAGCUGUACUUAAGUAAAGCGACUUCAUGAUAUGUAAUGUUUAAAAUAAGGUCUUCACUUAGCUCUUGCAACUUACCUGCCCGAUAAUGUUAUUGAGAAGAUCUCUGUCAGUAAAAUGGAGGAGUAUCUAGGACUGCUAGG